AUGCAUCGAGGACACGUCGUGGCUACUUGUCUAGACAUACAGAAUGCGUUUAAUUGCCUUCGACACGACUAUAUAAUUAAGACCCUCGUAUCGCUGGGAACUUCGGAAUAUUUGGUCAGCUUCAUACGAAGCUAUCUGGAGAACCAGAGCGUCACUACUGAAUUCGGAGUCCACGGUGCGUCAAUAGCCCUUCAGGUGGGAGUCCCUCAAGGGAGUCGGUUAGGGCCCUUGAUUUUCACGGCUUGUAUCACCCGCCUAAUAGAGAGCCUGAGAACAAUUGAAGGAGUCGACUGUGUCGUGACAGCAUAUGCCGACGAUCUGACGAUCAUUCUCAGUGGACCGACUCGAAAACACAUCCGCGCACUGUGGGCACGAGUGAAGAAGCGCCUGAACAAGUGGUGUGAGGUGAGUGGGCUUUCGAUAGACAUGGAGAAGUCCAGUUGCCUGUCUCCCCGCAAGCCACCCCAUUUUUCUCUCAAGGGGAAGGUCCUCAGGCGGAGUAAGACCGUUCGAGUGCUGGGAGUGCAUCUCGACCAGAGGAUGAACUUCAGAUUUCAUGUGAAGAAGACUUGCGAGACUGCCAUACAGCGCCUCGGUAGGCUGCGCAGACUGGGUGUAGAGAGGGCGGCGCUUAGCAGCCGAGGGAUUCUCGCUACCUAUGAGAAGUCCAUUGUGCCCUACAUCUCAUACAGUGUGCAGUCAUGGCAGGAGGCGCUCAAGGAGGAGUGGUGCCAAAAACUGCUCUCAAAAGUCACCGCCUUUGCUGCGCGCAUGGCCACGAAGGCACCGCGAAGAGCCGCGAAUUCGGCGGUGAUAGCGCUUUCGGGCCUCACGCCCCCGCAUUUGGUACUCGCGGGUCUUGCGGCUAGAGCAGAGGCACGGGAGCAUCAGAGAAUCUCCUUGCGAGGUUUCCUGAAUGAUGGCGGAACACCCGAGCUGCGGAUCACCGAGGGAUGGCAUCUGCACCCACUUGCGCCAUGGGAUGGCGGAUUGAAUAUAGUUAUCCAAACGACAGAAGCGGCCACGGCUUUCGCAUGCUUGGCUCCGAGCAACCGCGCCAUUUUCACUGAUGGGUCACUCACCUCAUCAGUGCAUGCGGGCGCAGCGAUAGCUGUGUACUCGGACGGCGAUGAGAUCUUCCGCGAGGACUACAGAUUGCCGGAUCACUGCACCAUAUCGCAGUGUGAAAUGGUCGCCCUCGAGAGAGCCGACAAACAGAGCGGAGCGCGAUAG